AUGCGCACCAUACACGCUCUGUCUCGCAAAUUCGGCACCCCUCUCAAGGACGUAGUACCACUGAAGACUAUACAAAACUUUGUGAAUAACUACUCUCGAAUUUGCCCGGAGAACCACGACCGCAUGGACAAGCUGAGCGCCUGGGUACACAAGCGUGCCUAUACGGGCUUGGAGGCGAUGACAGAGUCGUUCACGUUUGGCUGGCAGAUCGAUAAUGCGGGCAAGUCCGUUAGAGGCAACGGAUCCGACGACAAGCCCUUUAUUGUUGAGCUCUCGACAAAAGCUUUGGUGCUGAGGCUCAUGGUGCCUCCUGAGAGCUUUAUUUUACACUUAGACGCUACCUACAAGAUGAUUCAGUGCUGA